AUGGCCUCAAGACCUCGUCUAAAUCUCCAUCCGCGCAGCUCAUAUUUCUCGAUAUUCCGCGCCCUUAGGUUCGACUGGACUGCCUCACAAGCAUUUCUCACUUCUCCUACGUUUCGUGUGGUAAACCCACGCAAUCACAUUACAAAAGGUGAUAGGGUUUCCGUAAGAGUAUCGCCUUCUGUGGUAUCAGGAUUGCAGGACGAGGCCAUUCUGGCACUUCUCACGAAAGGGUUCUUUGGUGGAUGGGUAUUCUUUAUGGAAGGAUGGGCUAUGAGGACUUUCCAUCCUCUUCUGCCGGCGAUUUAUACGGGUAUGUAA